CAAAAUUCUACAGCAGUUAUCCCAGAGCAAAAUAUCUCGCUAGAGCCCCAACGUCAACAUAUCGGCCCAUUUAGCACCUUGCCAGAAAUUGGAUUGCUUGUUUGUCGAAUAUGCCGGAUUUGCGUUCUUGUGGACGAGCUACCUACCCAUCUACGCAAUGCUAGUCACAUUAAAGCUUACACGCCUAAGCAACGUCGAGAACUUCAACAACGAAUCAAGAAUAUACCAUAUUUAGCCCAAACACAAGCGGAUCUGGCAAACUUUCAAUACCCGCCAGCUGAGAGCCCAGCACUACCCUACUUGUUCCCACCUGAGAGCGAUGGGCUACGUUGUACUAUGUGUGAGUACACAGUCCGAAGCCUAACAUGUAUGCAGAAGCACUGCCGUAUACAGCAUGGGUGGAUCAAUGAUUAUAAAAAGGGUGGUAAUGUGCGUUUGAAGGCAACAAUCCCACGGGAACUACCGUGGAUUAAUAAUAUAAAAUGUCAGCGACUAUUUAUAAGUCAUGGAGCAUCACGAUGGUUUGAGGUCUGCAAAUCAACAGAGCCAGUUGAGAUAUAUGAGACAUUAGAUUGGGGCUAAGUAUAGCAGACGAAGCAUAUAGCCAUUUACAGAAGAAACACAGCCAUAUCGUGCCAAAAGAACGACAAAGAAUCGUGCAAGAAAUCCAGAAAUUAACAGGAUUAAUCCAGAAUCAAGCCGAAUUACAGCAAUUUACAUUGCCCGUGCACACCAAACCGAUUCCAUAUUUGGAGGACGCCCAUGCCGACGGGUUGAGAUGCGACCAGUGCCCAUAUGUGGUCCGGGACAUUACAUGUAUGCAGAAGCAUUGCAAAACCCGCCACAAUUGGGUAAAUCCAUGGAGAAAAGGCGGUAAUGUACGCGCUAAAGCGAAGGAAAAACAGCCAGUACCGUGGACAAGCGGCAUAUAUUGCCAGAGGUUAUUUCCCACGCGCGCAGCCAGCGGUUGGUUUGAGGUACAGGGUAACACAGCACAGAUCAACGACAGCAUACCAGCGACGAGCGGUAAUGACGUGCAGGAGCCAUCGCAGGAACCGCAGGAAUCGCAGGAAUUAUGGAAGUUAUUGGAGAAUGUUGCCAGCAUGCAGGAACAGCGUUUUGAACAAGGCGAAGCCAUGCGCCGAGUUGAAGAAUUGGACAAUAAGAACGAGGCGUAUUCGUGGUUACAUCGAGUCGGUUGGACCGUCCAUUUAGAAGGAAUGCAAGUGGAGGAUUUACAGAACAUGAAAGACGGGCCAGGCGAAGGCGAAGACGAAUUAGAUGAGAUAUGCCAAAGCGUGCAGCGGGUGACGCAGGAGGCAUAUACAACAUGCCGUAUGCAUGUUAUUGGAUUGGCCGCCAUGUUCGAGAUUAAUCGCAGGGAGAUAGGGACAAAACCAAGGAAACCAUUCGAGGCCCGCAUGGAAGAUGAUUCAUGGAUACGGUAUCGCGAAAUAAUAUGCAAGAUAUUUUGUAUUAUAUUUCGCACGCAGCAGCGCGAUGAGGAGGACCGGCCGCCAUACGCAUUUACAGCAGAGCAGGAGCGAUGGUGGCGCGCAUUUACACGAAGGAUUCGCAUGCAUAUACGAUAUAAGCGUCGUAUAGAGAGACAUGGCAGUGACAGCGACAGCGACAGCGACAGCAGCAGCAGCAGCAGCAGCAGCAGUAGCAGCAGUAGCAGCAGUAGCAGUAUCGCACAGGAUAGCGCGAGUGAUAUCAGCCGCAGCGAUAUACAACAAAGCCAUGCAGAUAGCCAUGCCAACGGAUGGGAGAGCAGCCGUACGCAUUUUGAAGCCAGCAGUCAAUUGAACCAGCAGCCGAGAUAUACCGCAUCCGUAAGGAUAAAUCAUUAUCUAAGCAGCAAGCAAGAAAUGCGGGCACAACCAUGUUUACACGUGUACAGGAAUAUACACGGCGGUUUAUGACACGAACUGGCAGCGAGCCAAAUCAGUUCCCAACGCCAAUGGAUUGGAUUUUAGAGACACGCACAUAUGGCAUGAAAAUUCGAUUUACAACGACGGCCGGCGCCACCAUAGAUUGGGUAGGCAAUACGAUUAUAAUACAGAGGAUCCGUUUGUCCAUGAUUGAGAUCAGCGGAUUCAUGCAUGCCAUAUUAAACGAGGCACGCAGUAUUAUAAUGGAAUUGGCCAUGACGGAUAGCGAUGAUAUUGCACAAUUGCCAAGUAUACCAUGGGAUAAGGUUGAAGAUGAUAACAGCCGCGACAUGGUUGGAUAUUCGUUUUUAAAGGAUGACCGCAAUGAGCCAUGGAUGAAGAUAGGGGUGCAUUAUAUUCGGCGGAAGUUGGUUGGCAGCGAGAGCAGGAGUAGAGCAUGGAUUAAUCGCAGACAAAGCACCACACAACCAUUUAUACACAACACAGCCGUGGCAUAUGGCGAGUUGAUUGAUGUAUUUCGAGAAAAAUUGUUGUUGUUGAUGCAUAUAGUAGCAGGCCAGCCAGCGAGAGCAACCGAGAUAUUAACAAUCCGGCACGAGAAUACGCCAAAUGGAGGAACGCGGAAUAUAUUCAUCAACCAAGGGCAGGUUUGUUUUGUCACCGCAUACCACAAGAAUUUCCAACAGAAUAAUCAGGCCAAGAUUAUCCAUCGAUUCAUGCCGGUGGAGAUAGGAGAGUUGUUGGUGUGGUAUUUAUGGUUGGUAUUGCCAUUUUGGCAGAGCAUCCAGGGCACGAUAAAAGAAGUAACAUAUCGCAGCGCAUUUAUAUGGGCAAGCGAGAUAUCAACGCGGCCGAGCAAGACCAAGGAAAGGGAUUAUGAUUCGGGUAUAGAUGUCGACAAUGAGGACGACAUACCAUGCGAUGACAAGCCAACGAAGCAAGAAAGAGCGAUAUUUCAAGAGCGAAAAUGGACAUCCGAUCGCAUGCGGCGGAUUAUGCAGCAGCACAGCGAACGGUUGUUGGGUUGUCGAAUAGGUAUCAGCAAUUGGCGGCAAAUGGCGAUUGCAAUAGCUAACCGAUAUUUGGGCGUCAAGGUCGAUUCGUCAUAUGAUGGAGAAGGUGAUGAAGAUGACGAAGAAGUCGACGAUGUUAGCCGACCACAAGAUUUGCAAGCAGGCCAUACAACGCAAGUCGCAGGUAUGAUAUAUGCACGCGAGAUGCAGCAGGGAUUAGGUGGGACAGCGUUGAUGCGAGAGAAGUUUCGAGUCGUAAGCAACGAAUGGCACGCAUUUUUUAGUUUUGGACAAGAGAUACAGUACAGCAAUAUGUUGCAGUCGAUUGGGCAGAAGCGGCGAAAGACAAACAAAUACGAGAACGAAUGGCAAGAGACGCGGUUACGGCGAUUGCAAAUGUUACGGCAGGUCGAUAUAGGCAGCGUAUUGCAGAGCAUAAAAGGCGAGGGUGCCACGUUCCGCGGACAGCAGCGGGCAGUUAUAUCAGCUAUUAUGCGCGGAGAGAGCCCAAUAUUGCAGAUUACACCGACGGGAGGCGGUAAGAGCAUGUCGUUUAUGUUACCAGGCAAAUGCAGCAAGCAGGGCCGAACGGUUGUAAUUGUGCCAUUGACGGCGUUACAAGCGGAUUUGCAGAAAGAAUGCAGCAAUAUGGGGAUCAGAGCGAGCAUUUGGAGCAGCGCAGAGAGCAACCCGAGCGGGAACAUUAUUUUGGUGACACCAGAGUCGAUAUUCACCAAGACAUUCCAGCAUUUCAUCAAUUGGAUGCGGAAUCAGUUGAUAUUAGACCGCGUUGUGGUGGAUGAGUGUCAUACAAUAUUAGACGGGACCAACAAGUAUCGGCCAGCAUUACGAGAUAUGGGUCGUGAGAUUGAAUUAUGGGGGGUGCAGCGAGUGUUUUUGACAGCAACGUUACGACCAAGCGAUAUGGACGAAUUUUACAGACGAUCGCGUAUUUUACCAGACGAGACCAGUGUAUACCGAGAACGCACCACGCGGCGGAAUAUUGAGUAUCGGGUAUGGUUUGUGGAAGGCGAGUUAGACACAGGGGACGAUUACAUGGCACAGCAAGAAGCAGAAGAAGAAUUUGCAGCGGAAUAUGCAGAAACAUAUGUUCGCGAGAACGAAGAGGGAUUGGUUAUUAUUUACGCGGGGUUGAUCGAGCGUGUAAACAGCAUGGCCGAGAGGUUGAAGGUGGAGGCAUAUUAUAGCAAAGCCGGGACAAGAAAACAGAAGGCGCAGAAGAUGCAGACAUGGAUGCAAAAGGAUCGAAUUAUCAUUGCAACCAAUGCAUUGGGAUUGGGGAUUAAUAUUCCCAAUGUGCGAUUAGUUAUCCAUAUAGGGAUCCCAUGGCAGAUCCGAGCAUUUGCGCAAGAGAGUGGCCGAUUAGGGCGAGAUGGAUUAGCCAGGCAGUCGAUUAUCAUAUGCAAGCGAGUGCAAAACACAACGGCUAGCAUAGACAAUAAAGGAGAUAGCAUAGACAUAGGAGAUGAAGCGGUUGAGAGAACUCAGCAUACAACGAAUAUACAACAGCGGCCGCAGCGAGAAACAUAUCAGCGGGAGGACGAGAUGUUAUUAUUUAUAAGCGGACGAGUAUGUCGGAGGUAUGUGUUGGAUAAAGCAAUGGAUGGUAUUGAGCGAGAGGAUGGUUGUAUGAUAAAGGAGGCGAUAUGUGAUGUAUGUGAGGUGUGGUAUAGAGAGAACGCAGAAGAGAGCGAAGAUGGAGGGGAGGACAGAGCGCAGGCAGCGAUGGAAAAGAUUAUAACCGAUAUGGAUGCCAGGCGAGAGCAUGCAUUAUGGAAAGAGCAAGAACGGAUUAAGGAAAGUGCACGAGAGGGGUCGGAAUUUAAGGCAUUUAUUCAAAAUUGGAGCAAGAUAUGUAUUGCAUGUCAGAUGGCAGGACGGGAUAGUAAUCAUCAAGAGAGAGGCGAAGGUUGUGUAGUAGAGGGAAAGGAGGGUUGGAAUGCAUGGUUGGGGCAGUCGAGUUGGAUUCGUAAUUGGAUGAGAAAAGAAGGAUCGUUUGCUACGGGUUCGGCAUGUUAUUGGUGUGGAAUGCCGCAGAAGAUAUGUAUGCGAUGGAUCGAGGAAGAGUUAGAUAAUGGGGUAUUUCGAUUGAAGAAAGGAGUGAAUUGUCAGUAUGAUGGAUUGAUGGCAAAGAUAUAUGGAAGCAUGAUAGUAUCACAUAAAGAGG